AUGGAUUUACUUCAAUCAGAUUCUGAUUUAAAUUCGUUCACUGGUCUCAUGAACCUAUCUCUAUUAGAUAAACUGGUGACAAUUUCAGACAGAGUGUUAAUGAAACUUAACUAUACAGUCAGUUUUAGCAUAGAUACCAGAAAACGUAUUUUUCUCACAUUGACUAAAUUGAAAUUGAAUAUGUCAUACAAUUGUCUUGCUGUGUUAUUUGGAAUAUCUGCUGUGAGUUGCAAAAAUUAUUUUAUUGCUACUGUUGAUUUACUGUAUUUAGUCUUGAAGCCAUCAAUACUUUGGUCGUCUAAACAACUAAACAAAAGAAACAUUCCCAAAUGUUUUCUUAAUUUCAUGGAUWCUAGAGUUGUGUUAGAUUGCACAGAAACCACUGUUGAACGACCUAAAUGUCUAACCUGCAGAAUACGUACAUAUUCACAUUAUAAAGGUAAUCAUACCAUUAAGUGCAUGAUUGGGAUAUCACCAGAUGGGUUAGUAUCAUUUUUGAGUCCUGUAUAUGGCGGAAGAGCAAGURACAAAUUUAUUUUUAAUGACAGUGGAAUAUUAAAUAAAUGUGAAGAAGGUGACUCUAUAAUGGUUGACAAAGGAUUCCUUAUCGAUAAAGAGUGUACUGAUCGAGGAGUCAAAUUGCAUAGGCCACCUUUCUUAGGGAAACAAAAACAAUUGAGUUCUGAUGAUGGCAUUGUGAACUGUGAAAUAGCAAGAGCCAGGGUACACAUUGAGAGAACAAUCCAAAGGAUAAAAAUUUUCAAGAUUUUUCAACACAAAGUUGCAUGG